GUCUCCAAGCCGUCGUUACUCUGCUCAACCUCUGCUGUGCUUUUUCCUCAGGUUUAUCUGCAGCUCAUCGGCCGUGACAUCAUGAAUCUGUGGCUCAGCUCUCACUUCCUGGUUGUGGGUUUGUUUGUGUGCAGCGCAGCGCCGACACCUGAAGAAUGUUCCCAGCUGGUCGCACCGCUGUCUGGGGACAUCGCCUCCAAGAUGCAUGGCAGUUGGAACUUUCUGGUUGGUUACACUCAAGGUGAAUUAUUCAACCACUUCCUGAAGAUCACCGAAAGCUCAAGGCUGAACAUCACAAACAGCAGCGAUGGUGAAGUUGGAUUUUCUGAGAACAACAAGAUGAAUGGACAAUGCUUCAGCUCGUCGUCCAAGGCGACGAUCGACGGUGACACGGCAACAGUGUCGACCAUGAACGUCACGUCUGUGUUCCACGUGUUAUCGAGCAGUGACGACUGUCUGGUCUUCAACAUCAACAGCACCGUCGGGAACCUGGAUCAGAUGCUGAGAUUCAUGAACAUCAGCAUCUCUGGAGCCGAGGGGACGACGGUUCAGUCUCUGUAUCUGAUGGGCCGGGAGUCGACAGUGAAGUAUUCGGACCUGGAGCAUUUCAAGCAUCAGGCGAGCUGCCUCGGCUUCUCCAGAGAACCAGACUUUCACCACAACCUGAAGAAAGAUUUCUGCACCGAGGGAGAAUCCGUCAAGUUGUCAUUCUGAAGUCGAAACUCAACAGUCGUCAAUAUUUCAGACUGAGCAACAAGAAGUAAAGACACAAAUUUCUCCAAACAUCAAA